AUUUUUUUUAUAACCUAUAAACCAGAAAUGCGAAAAUCUAAAGCCCAGACGAUAUAAAUUUAGGCUCGUUGCCAAAUACAGCUCGAGAUUAUGGCAAAAUGGAAACGGGGGCGCAAUGCAACAGAGAACCGGGCCUCGACACUCGGGAGGCCAUAAACAAACUGUGCGUCGAGAUCGAGUCGGUUUUGCAGCAGUUCGAGCACUCCCGAAAGUCGAGGCGAGGAAAGUCUUGGGUGAGGGAUACGUUCAGCCAUAACAGCAGGCACACGUCUCUCAACUGGAUAUCCGCGUCGUUUCAAUUGUGGGCGUCGUUGUCGCUCGCGUUGGGAUACUUUAUGGACGGCGACAACGUCGAACUCUACGAGGCGCUGAUAAUCCUGUUGCUGCUGUUCAUUAACCUUUCAAUAAUGCUGUACGAGAAUAAGGCGAGACACGACGAGAUUCCUGCCCGCGUAAGGAUGGUCCUCCACCGUCUAAAGAAUCAAAUCGGUCGUCUCGAUUGGAAACCCGAAAAUUAUCCGAAUUUAUACACGCCCCUGUCCCCUUGCAUCACCUUGCAGUGGACGUACCGAAACGGGCGUCUGGUAAAUUUACCGUGGGCGCUUCUCGUCAAGGAUGACGUCAUACUAGUUAAACCUGGUCAGGUAAGUCCCGGAUACUGCGAGGCACUCGACAAGCACUCGGAACAUCCGAUCCUGCACGCGAAAGAGGUGUUUUCGCCCGCCAUCCAACAUGCCAACGAGAUAUUCAGCGUGCCCAAGACAAGAAGACCGCUGGAAGCGAAAAAGUAUAGACUACUGGAAACGCCUUACUUGUAUAACCUCAAAUUGUCGCUGGAGGAGGCGCUCGACAGGCCCGUGACGCAACACAAUCGCGAGCGCUAUUUCGUGAUGAUCAAGGUGGUCGAGGGCGUGGUUCUGCCCGUCGUAUUCGUCUCUGUUUUCUUGUCGAAUUUGUUCAGGUACCUGUAUUUCCACCAGUACCUGGGCAGGUACUCGGUGGCGAACAUGUUCUUCGUGUCGCCGAGCAACGCCAUCUUGCCGCUGUUGCCGCUCGUGUUUCCCGCGGUGUGGACCGCGUCCAACUACGUCGGCAUGGCCCGGUUCAGGACUAUUUUCGAAGCGACUCGCCAUUUUCGCGGCGCCGGCUCCGCCUUCGAGGAGGACACCGACAUUAGCGCAGCGGACCACGACGAAAUCAAAUACAGUCGCGCGCAGAUGUGGCUAAAUUUCAUGAAAAUCGUCAAGGCCGAUCCCGAAAUCCUCUGCCGUUCCGCGAACAUUCUACACGUGCUCGGUUCGGUGUCUGCACUGGCGUGCGUCGACAAGAAGGGGGUGCUCUCGUGGCCGAACCCCACUGCGGAGAAAAUUUUCUUCCUCGCCAAUAAAGACGACGGGUCGGAGGGUAGCGGGGCGGGUAACCCCGACGUCCAUCUUCGAUCGGACAGUCCCGACUCGGCGACCGUCGAAGUGCUCGACCUCACCCACACCCACAACGACCCUUUCCGAUUGCGGUUCGACGAUCAGGACUGGCAGCGCCAUCUAGCGUCGCUCAAACCGCUCGGACUCGCCAUUCUGCUGAACACCUGCAACUUGGGCACGCAAGAACACUACUCCAAGUUUUGCUCGCACAUCGCCUGCGAGGCGACGUACAACGAAAACCUCGUACCGGUGACGAAUAGGCGGUGCCUGUGCGAGCUGGCCAAGGAGAUCGGGUUCGUCGACGCCGCGCAGAAGAUCUUUGCGCUCGAGCAGCAGCUCUCGGUGUUCAGGCACGUGCCAAAUCAGAGUGGGCAAAUUUCAUCCGUCGAACAGCACGCUUCGCGUCUGCCGAAAACUCUCGUCGAAACCGACGUCUUUCUCUCUACGCAGCAGCCGGAAAUGGUGCGCAAGGACAACAAGUACGCCAGGACGCUCCACAUGUCGACGCGUUUGAAGUUUCCAUUUCCGCACGCGUUCUCGGUGACCGUCCGCGAGCAACUGGCCGGCGGCAGCUUCCAACUGCUCACCGAAGGCACCGCCGACAUCGUCCUCGACUGCUGCGUCGAUUAUUGGGACGGCUCGGACCUGUGCCCCCUCACCCACACGGAUCGCAAAAAGAUUCAGGACUUUUACCAACGCAGCAGCCUGACGGCGUACUGCACUGCGUUCGCGUACCGCCCCCUGGCGGGACCGGUACCAGGCACCCUCGGUGACGUCUACUUGGAGCUACCCGGCGAUGGGGGCCUUUUGCCGUCGCGCCAUCGCAGCCCGACGCCCCUGGACUGCAAGAGCGGUCCCGAUCCGAAGAUCAAAUCCGCCCAGUUUUUCAGCACGGAUUCGCUGCUGUGCAACGAUUACCCCGCCUCGGUCGCCGAGAACCCGUCGGAGGCGGAGGCCUGCUUCCAGAUGCACUGCAACCAGAUAUUCAUCGGCAUGGUGACGAUGCAGUACCAGGCGCUGGCCGACAUGGUGCAGCUCAUCGAACAGCUGGAGAGGGCGUGCGUGCGCUUCGUCCAUUUCAGCAAGGAGAACGAGCUACGCUCUAGGGUGUUCAGCGAGAAGAUGGGCCUGGAGAGCGGCUGGAACUGUCACAUAUCGUUGCUGAGCGAGCGGCACAGACGGGACACGCCCCCCACGGAGACGGCGUCGUCGAUGCGUCCCAGGCUCGACUGCAAAUCGCGCGCACUCGAUAGCAACCACCUGGAAUCGUCUCGGACGGUGAGCUUUUCGGCGCCGAGCGCCAUCAACCUCGAACACUCGAUCGUCAAAUUCGACUCGGAGGUGGAGCGGUUCCACCUGUCGCGACGCCAGAGCGAAAACGCGGCCGACGGAGACGUCGGCGUGGGGGAAGCUCCGCCCAUGCGCAGCGACAGUGUCACCCACGACUGGCAAUCGCUCAGCUGUCUCACCGACAGCACAGAGCAGAGCGCCCCCAUCAAUUUCGACCUCAGCAACAGGGCGAAACUGCCCCGUGGGAUCGACAAGAUCCGCCCCCAUAUCGAGUGCAUCGACAACGUGCCGUUACUAGUGUCCCUGUUUACCGAUUGCACCCCAUCCGCGACCAGAGAGAUGCUCGCCAUCAUGCAGGAGUACAAUGAGGUCGUCUGCAUUCUCGGCUCGGCGCAAAACUGCGACAACGCAGGCAUCUUCAUGCAGGCGGACGCAGCGGUGUCGGUCGAGCCGCUGUACCCUCAGGUGUGCCAGAAGAUGGCGGUCUUCGACAAAACCGCCUGUCCCAGUCCCACCGAGCUCUCGUGCCUGCUGAACUCGAUCGCUUGUUCGCUGACGGUGACGCGUUCCGACCCGAUAUCCCUUUACCACCUGAUCAUGGAAGCGCGUCACUUCGGCUCCACCCUCUGGAGCUCCGUGCAGUACUGGCUGUGUUGCAGCGUCGCGCUCAGCUUCGUGCAAACUGCUGCGGUGGCGCUGAUGCUGCCCGGACCACUGACCACCGGUCAUACCUUGUGGUUCGCGGUCGUCGCGACGCCCGCCGUCGCCGUCGCCCUCUCGUUACGGCCGGUAGACGCGGAAGUGAUGAAACGACCCCAGGGCAAAAUUAAAGCCGCCUUCCGGUGGGACACCGCCGCCUUUAUACUGUGGUGCUACGGUUUCAAGUUCCUGCCGACGCUGCUGACGGCGCUCGUGACGUACGUGGGCGUGUUGGCCGCCCACUGCAGCCGCAUGUGUUCCGACCCCGCCUCCUGUCGCUGCGUUUUCUUCUACAAUCCCGUCGCGGACGGCGACGCCUUCGGCGGCUUCGUCGAGAACAGUUGGACGCUGAUCACCGCCCGCCUCAUCGUCAGUUUCGUCCUGCUGCUGAAUUUCGUCGUUGUGUCGAUAGGCUUCGUCCACAGAGACAGGCUGACGUUCAGAAAAUCGCCGCACAGCAAUGGGGCGUGGCUCGCGACCGUCGUCGCGUUGGUCUGCCUCCAGGCGUGCUACACCGUGUUAGAAUAUAGGCGGGCGGCGUCGGAAACCGAAGCCGAUAAACGAUUCGACAUCCCGCUGUGGGUGAUCCUCUUCGCUGGACUGUCCCCGAUCUUGGUGUUCGUCACCAACGAGUUCAUCAAGAGGCAGGAAAUCAGGGUCAACAAGCGGUUCCUGAAGAGGGCCCGAUUGGAUUUCGGCACGAAACUGGGGAUGAACUCGCCGUUUUGAGUAGUUUUAGGCAUUAAAAGACUGGACUGUUACUUUUAACUAUGUAAUUAAAUUGACCAAACAGGGUCAACAGGGUGAAACCUGGUGUAAAUAUAACAGAAUAUUUUGCCUGUUGUCUCUAAUUAUAACUUGAUAUAGUUUGUCUCAAAGUAAAUCGUCUUGGCUUUUAUUUAUAUAUAAAGGUUAAAUAUGAUAUUAUGCUUAUUGUAUAGGCUCGAAAUAAAUAUCAUUUUGUAAUAUUCUUGGUUUCGUGGUAGCUCGCGUUAUUUUUCGCGGAUAUUGUUUAAAAGUUUUCAAAAAGUCCUGCCCUUGUAUCUUUAUUGAUGGAAUAAAUUCCUCCUCUGAGCCAAGCCAAGCCAUAACGACCUAUUUUGAGACACACUUUACAUGCAAGAAUAAUUGAAAAUUAGCGAGAAAAGUUGCGAAGGCAACACAAACUUUGUUUUUUUUUUAGAAAAAGUGGAAUUUUAUCUCCCAUACACCCACCAUUAUUUAAAAGUAACCGUUAUGUAAGAGGUGUAACAAUAACACUCCUUGCAAUAAGGAAUUAAAAAAAUUAAUUACAUUUCUAGAAUUACCAAACAAAAAAUUCUAAAAAAAGUAACAACCCCAUUUGGUAAAUAUCACAAAAUUUAACAAAAGCGCUCCCCGCAAAACAAAAAAAAAAUAGAUUUGUUUCCAAAAAUCAAAAAAUGAUAACUUAAACAAAAACGUCAAACCAAAAAUAAAUUUAC